UUUGUGGUUCCUGCUGACUCCUCUGUCCCCUCUGCGUGUGGGCCCUCCCCUCAAAGCUGCAUGGAAGUGCCCACGGGUGAUCCCUGAGUGAAUGUCCGGCGGCCCACGCCCAAAGCGCCUCCUAGAGCCUGUUGCUAAAGGAUUGCUGGAGGCCCCCUCGGGCUUGCGUUGGAGAAAGAUGUCACCAGUAAGAGGUUUUCUCACAUUUGCAGGUGAAUUAAUUUUUGCUAAUUUAUAAUCAGCAAGUAUUCCAGAGCACUGGUAAUUGUCCUCACCUUUCCAUUGAAAAAUGCGUUACCUGGGAGACUUGGCAGGUGUGAGGAUAAAGGACCUCCCAUGGCCUCGGGUCCCUGCGCGAACCUGUGUACGUGCGUCUGUACUGUUAGAGACCAGCCAGUUCUCUGGGAAGGGGCCGUGGUUAUGGCUGGACUUCCUUUGGGAUCUGCCUGUUACACUGAAGAGCAGGUCCUGAAGCUUUUAGGGGCUUGAAAGCUGGCUGUCUCUACAGAUGUGAAAACCAGAGCCCAGGAACUGGCCAUGACUUGGCUGUCACAGGGCUGCUGUGACCCUCUGUGCCCCGGGUGGGGCGUGGCUUCUGGGCACUUCCUCUGGCCUUGAUAUCAGGUAAGGCCUGCAGAGCCCUUGGAAAGUUCCAGAACAUCUGGAUUAUCACGUGUGAAUGUCUUGGGGUUGUUUUCUCAAGUGCUUUGAGAUAGUUAAACUACUUUUGGAGGGGGUUGUACUUUAGCUUUUUUUCAGCUGACAUUUUUUCAGCUCCGUCUGAAGGCCAGUAGGUUCCAGAAGCUGUGCUGCUGUGGGGAGAGUGACAACCCCUGGCCCUCCCGGGCAAGGUGCUGUGGCCCAGUUCCCCGCAAGUCUGUUUAGGCACGCGGCCAUGGCCUCCCCAGGGACAGACCCCCUCAGCCCACAGGGGCGGGCAGCAGGAGGCACCUCUCAGCUGAGCAUUGGGCCAGUGGGAAGUCCCACCCUGGGACCUGCUGGGGCAGGACCCCUGGAUGUCAGGGUGCAUGGGCUGGGUGCUGUGGGGGUCAUUAGGUCCCGCUCACCUGGUUCUGCCAGCAGCCAGGUUCCUGCGGAAGAGGUAGCUCCUGCUGACCACUAAGGAAGACCCUGAUCGAAGCGUGCAGGCAGUGCCCCCACCUGCCUGGCUCUCCUCUCCCACCUGGCUGAACUGCUCUCUGCCCACUGGGCACCCCCCUCCCAGCACAUCUCCCUGGGGUUGAUGGCUUAAUCCAAGACCCACUGGAUGGGAAGAGAGCCCAGCACCCUGGGCUCCAGGGUCAGGUUAAUUGAAGAAACGAUUGGAUAGGGGGUGGGGAUAGGGAGGGGGCAGGGCUGGGAUCCUGGGGCCUCCCUCCGGCUCCCUCCCUCCUCUGAUCGGAGGAGCCAACUUCAAAAGCCUUGUCCGCCUGCCGCCAGCCGCCCUGUUGCAGCCGACCAGGGAAGCCCCGUUGGGUUGCUGGGGUUGGCUGGGCUUGGAGCAGGACCUGGAGUGGCCGCCUCACCCCCCACCUGAGGACUCCAGGAUCAUGUUGGAGACCCCCUGGCAGGAGUAAGGGAGGGCCUGACCCCAGAGAGGCUCAUGGUGCCCCCCAAGACAGCGCUGUGGGCGCUACUGCUGGUGCUGCUGGGCAUCGCGCCAGUCUGGGCGGGGCUCCGCACCUGCAGUGUCCCCGACGUCCUGCUCCACUACCGCGCUGUCAUCUUUGAGGACCUGCAGGCAGCUGUGCGGCAGGCAGGGCCAGGGGCCGAAGGGAGCGGGCCAGGCCCCAGACACCUGCCUGUCAUUCCGGAAAACCAGACUAGAGCACCCUCCCCCGGUCGGUGGAGGCGGGUGGGAGCCUCCUGCAGUGCCCAGAAGGAGCACAAUAUCCUAAGGUCCAUCGCAUCCCUGGGUCGGACCCUGCGCGGGGCAGUGGCUGGGAGCCACGGCGGGGCACUGGAGAAAGCGGCAUGGACCGUGGCCCUGCGCACCGAGGCGGUGAUGCGGCGCCACUGCUGGACGCUGCACCAGCGGAGCCAGCGGCCCCAGACACGUCCCGGCCGGCGUCGCGGCAGCCGGAGGCGGCUCCUACUGCGCGCCCUGGACGCCGUCGCCACCUGCUGGGAGAAGCUCUUUGCGCUGCGCGCCUCGGCCGCGCAGGGCUCCUAGAGCGCCCUGCGCAGGGCCCGGCCUCGGUUGGUGACAACCGCGAGCUCUCCGUUUUGUCGACCUUGGCUGACCGCUGGGUCCCGGCCCCUGCCGCGUCGCGGCCCGCGCUCCCCAGAGGGCCCAGGACUUGGAGAUGCCAGACCUGCCGGGUACCUGGCCGCCCUCCACUCACUGCGCGAGGUCUUAAUAAACUGAGCUGGU